AGUGCAAGAAACUAAAUCAUGAAACCCAAUUACACAUGAUGAAAAAUUGUUGCUCUUAAAUUCCUACUCUUACUCGCUUUAUCAGUCUUUAAGAAAGUCAAAAUCUCCUUCAAAGAAUUGAUCUAAAAAAAAACAUGAGACAAUUAAAAAUGACUAAGAGACAAAACAAUGAAGUCGCUGUGAAAAGUUUCUCUCUUUCUUGGAAACAAGGUAUUGAUUAAAGAACUAAUCCAUAUACAAUGGAUGGAAAAAAUAACUGUAUAAACUAUAAUUUCUUUUCUCAAACAAUCCAAGUACUGAAGUGGGUGACAUUGAACUUCAAAAUCAAUUCUGUUUAUCUGCAUUAAUCAUGCUAAGAGUACCACAACAACAACAGCAGAAAGGUACUACAAUAAAGAAGGGGGCAUGGUCUCCAGAGGAAGACCAAAAACUGAGAACUUAUAUCAUGAGAUAUGGCAUCUGGAAUUGGAGACAGAUGCCCAAAUUUGCAGGGCUUUCACGUACGGGGAAAAGUUGCAGACUUAGAUGGAUGAACUAUCUCCACCCUGAUGUUAAGAGAGGACCUUUUACCAUGGAAGAAGUCGAAACAGUGAUCAAAACAUAUCAGAAACUUCGAAGCAGAUGGUCAGCCAUAGCAACAAAAUUGCCAGGAAGAACAGACACCGAAGUUAAAAACUUCUUCCACACACACUUAAAGAAGCAUCUUGGACUGAAAAAUUAUGAUGCCCAACUGAAGACUAGGAAAGGCCACAAACAAACCCAAGAAAAUGAGAAGGAAAAUAGUACUCAAGGAAGACUUGUGCUUGAAACGAUCAACAGCAGCAGUUCAUUAUCACCAGAUGUUUGUUCACCCUGCAGCAGCACUAUUACAUGUAAAGAAAACCAAAUGACGGAUCAGUUCACGAAUUUCUCACUUCUUGUCGAUCAACAAGUUUCCGAAGGGGAAAACACAAAUAUUCAGCCAUGUUUCAUUCCCGGUGGUUCUACCUUUAGCACCUUCGAUCAAUUCGAUAUGAACUCAUUCUGGUUUGAUGUACUUGGAAAUUUCUGAAAGACAGACUUUCUAAAACAUGUUACAAGUUAGAACCCAUGCGCAGGUCCUAGCAUGUAUCUUUCUUUUCUUUUUCACAAAGCAAUAAUCCAGCAUCUGUAUUAAAACUUGCCAAGUCUAAAUUCAUUAAGUUCGUAUUACUAUCA